AUGAAUCCAAGAGAGCUGCGCGGGACUCUGAUGCCCCCGAAAGGCUUCACGACAGACCAGGACAGCCCAACGACGCUGGUCAGGAGGAGAAAAAGCUCACAGACACAAGGAGAGGAGAAGGUGAAGGAGGACAAACAUGUGUGCGUUGAGUUGACAGCAUGUCUGGGGUCAAGUGGGUUUUGUUGUUGCAGGGCCCGCGGCACAGUGGCCGAUGGCUUUCCGUUCGUGGUAAUAAUUCACUCUGUUCGGUUCUUUUGCCCGUGGCAGCAAAGCCGUGGCACGUUUUUGCGCCCCCCUCGCGCCUUCAAGUGGCUGGUGGAGCUGAGUCUAAGUUAUGAUCAGCCCAAUCGUCUGCACGACAUUUCAUGCAUAAUCCAAGUUCGUGUAACUUGCUGUGUUAUCGUUAUGUGA